AUGAACGUCUUAAAACUCCAGAGGAAGUUUCCUCAGUUCCAACAGAACGAAAUCUUUACCUUGUCCGAUGCCUUCCAACGACUUGAUGUUGACGACAAAGGAUACCUCGACGAAGCUACCGCUAUCAAAGCCACGCAGCAGAGCGAGAACCAGCCCUACGAUGUCGUGCGCCAAGCGCUAAAGGAAGUCGAGCUCGACUCAUCGCGACGUGUCGAGCUUGAGGAUUACGUUAGCCUCGUUGCUAAGCUCCGUGACUCCUCACCCGCUCAGAAGCGCAUGUCUACGGGACCGGCUCCUUCUGGAAGUGGUGGUGUCGUCGCGCAGCGCACUGGAGGCCAUUCUUCCAAGGGUAGCGUGAGCGGCAAGAUUCAGGUCCAGGGCUCAAACGCCAACAUUACUCACACUAUCAACGAGGAUGAACGCACUGAGUUCACCCGCCACAUCAAUGCCGUACUGGCUGGUGAUGCCGAUAUCGAUAGCCGUCUUCCUUUUCCCACCGACACUUUCGAAAUGUUCGACGAGUGUAAGGAUGGUUUGGUCCUUGCCAAGCUCAUCAACGACAGCGUCCCUGACACAAUCGAUGAGCGUGUACUCAACAUACCUGGCAGGAAGAUCAAGAAACUCAAUGCUUUCCACAUGAGCGAGAAUAACAACAUUGUUAUUGAAUCGGCCAAGGGCAUAGGUUGUUCCGUUGUUAACAUUGGUGCUGGAGAUAUCAUUGAGGUCAGGGAACAUCUGAUCUUAGGUCUAAUCUGGCAGGUUAUUCGACGAGGACUGUUGGGCAAGAUUGAUAUUAAGCUCCAUCCCGAGUUGUAUAGACUGCUUGAUGAGGACGAGACUCUUGAACAGUUCCUUCGUCUGCCUCCUGAGCAGAUCCUCAUUCGAUGGUUCAACUAUCAUUUGAAAGCUGCUAACUGGUCUCGCACUGUCAACAACUUUUCCUCUGAUGUUAAGGAUGGUGAAAACUAUGCAGUUCUGCUUGCGCAAAUUGGUCCCGACUACGGUGUCACCCGUGCACCUCUGCAGCAACAAGACCUCCAUGACCGAGCCGAAGCAGUUCUGCAAGAAGCUGACAAACUCGGCUGCCGAAAGUUCUUGACCCCGAAGUCACUUGUUGCCGGAAACCCCAAGCUUAACCUGGCUUUUGUAGCCAAUCUCUUCAACAACCACCCGGCCCUUGAUCCCAUCACUGAAGAGGAGAAGCUUGAAGUCGAAGACUUUGAUGCGGAGGGAGAGCGCGAGGCCCGAGUCUUCACAUUGUGGCUCAACAGCUUGGAUGUGCAGCCCGCGGUUGUCUCGUUCUUUGAUGAUCUUCGAGACGGCAGUGUUCUCCUUCAAGCUUACGAGAAGGUCAUCCCUAAUUCUGUGAACCUUCGUCAUGUCAACAAGCGACCAGCUCAUGGUGGAGAGAUUUCCAGGUUCAAGGCCGUCGAAAAUACCAACUAUGCGAUCGAGCUAGGAAAGCAGAAUGGCUUUUCGCUAGUAGGAAUCCAGGGCGCCGACAUCACUGACGGACAAAGGACUUUGACGCUUGGUCUUGUGUGGCAGCUUAUGCGUAAGGAUAUCACUGUUACUCUCUCAUCGCUGGCCAAGAAGCUGGGCAAGAGGGAGAUCACCGACUCUGAAAUGGUGCGAUGGGCGAAUGAUAUGUCUCAGAAGGGUGGCAGGAACUCUGCCAUUCGCUCUUUCAAGGAUCCUUCAAUUGGUUCCGGUAUCUUCCUCCUGGAUGUUCUAAACGGAAUGAAGAGCAGCUAUGUUGAUUACGACCUCGUGACAUCUGGUCAAACUGACGAUGAUGCAUACUUGAACGCCAAGUUGAGCAUUAGUAUCGCUCGAAAGCUUGGAGCAACCAUUUGGCUGGUCCCCGAGGAUAUCUGCCAAGUCCGCAGCCGCCUCAUCACCACAUUCAUUGGUUCUCUUAUGGCAACUCACGAGAGAAUGUAA